ACGCGCGUCUGGAGCACUAUCUGAUCUUCUGUGCGUGAAAAGGGGCCGACAGUGACGCUGUGUGCUGGAGACCUGGAAGUUCAGCUGCUCUGGGUCCCGCAGACCGACAGAUGCGUGUCCUAAUGGUGAUGGCAUAUUCACACAAUACCGAGCGAAGCAGCGCUGUUUGGCGGCAGCAACAGAGUUCUCCAACACCUUUUUAUAAGUCUGAAGUCUUUCCCCUCCACCCGACCUGUUAAAACCACGCCUACAGAGCGACACAAUUGGUCCAAAAGCGUCAAAGAGCCAAUCAACAGCGGGCUGCUGCUCAAAACACGCAACACAUCCACACCACCGAAGCCUAUGGAGUUCAGAAGCACUGGGAAUAUCUCUGUGCUGGACCCUGUGCUCCGCAUAUCGCGCUCUGCUGAAAUGUGUGUGCGGGAGAGAAAGUGUGUGUGUGAGCGUGUGAAGGUGUAUACCUCCAACAAGUAAAGACAGAGGAAUUAUUCCGAGGCUUCGAAAUAAUUCAACACAUCUCUUUGGCAGGACUCGGGACGAUCUCACUAUUAGCGGAAUGUCUAUUUUACAGAAAUCCAGAGGACAGCGCCGCGCGCCGCAAGCUGACACACAGUGACUCCGUCGAGCCUUUUAUUUUUAUUUUCUCGAUCUCAUAGCGCACUGCCAAAAGACAAGCCGAGAAGAUUCUCACUUUCUCUUUUAGAUACUUUGUUGGAAUCCAGCUAGAGACACAAGCGAGAGACUCACGCGUCGCAGGAACGCUGGACUUGGUGAAGGACUUCUCCGGCGCAGAUAUUAAGCUGAUUGCACAUCGAUUUAAGGAACACCGCAUCUGCUGGCUGGACUCGCAUGAGCUUCCCGAUGAGAGAUCCAGUUAUUCAAGGAUCCAGUAUGGCUUAUCACCCGUUUUUACCUCACCGGGGUCCGGAAUUUGCCAUGAGCGCAAUGCUGGGUCACCAGCCGCCCUUCUUCCCGGCCCUGGGGCUGCCCCCGAGCGGCUCGCUGUCUCUGCCCGGUGCGCUGGGCAAACCAAUAAUGGAGCAGCUGAUGGGUGCCGCAGAGACCGGCCUUCACUUCUCCUCACUGGGACACCACACCGCGCAUCUGCGGCCUCUCAAGACGCUCGAGCCCGAGGAGGAGGUCGAAGACGACCCUAAAGUUCACCUCGAAGCCAAGGAACUCUGGGAGCUUUUCCACAAGCGCGGCACAGAGAUGGUCAUCACUAAAUCUGGAAGGCGGAUGUUCCCUCCGUUUAAAGUCAGAUGCACGGGCUUGGACAAAAAGGCCAAAUAUAUUCUGUUGAUGGAUAUUGUGGCGGCUGAUGACUGCAGGUAUAAAUUUCACAACUCUCGCUGGAUGGUGGCAGGAAAGGCUGACCCCGAAAUGCCAAAACGGAUGUACAUUCACCCCGACAGUCCGGCCACGGGCGAGCAAUGGAUGUCUAAAGUCGUCAAUUUUCACAAACUUAAACUGACAAACAACAUCUCCGACAAGCAUGGAUUUGUAAGUACGAUACUGAACUCCAUGCACAAAUACCAGCCAAGAUUUCACAUUGUGAGAGCCAACGACAUCCUGAAACUCCCAUACAGCACGUUCAGGACCUACGUGUUCCCCGAGACAGAUUUCAUUGCUGUCACUGCCUACCAGAACGAUAAGAUAACACAACUGAAAAUUGAUCACAAUCCUUUUGCAAAAGGAUUUCGUGACACUGGAAAUGGGAGACGUGAAAAAAGAAAACAGCUGGCUCUGCAAUCGAUGCGUUCGUAUGAGGAGCAGCAGAAGAAAGAGAACGGGACAUCUGAUGAUUCCUCAGGCGAACAGUCCUUCAAAUGCUUUCGCCAGGCUUCGUCUCCUGUGGUCUCAACUGUUGGCCAGAAUAACUCAAAAGAUUUUUGCGACAGUGAUGAAGAUAGCGACGACGAAGACAAAGAUGGAAACGUGAAAGAGGGACCAGACUCGAGCAAAAUCUCCACCACGACCGAGGACCCCAAGGAUCACGAUGCGAGUUUAAGCAAAAGUCUGCUUGGGGAGAGUGACUCUGUCCCGCGGAGAACCGAGAAGAUCCGGGACUCUCGGCAGAGUCCCAUCACGCUCAUCUCUAGCACCACUCGGUCCGGUGAGGAGCUCAAGAGCCCGGAUCACGCCAAAACAGACGACUGCCGGACACUGAGCAAAGAAAAUUACAUGCCAUUGACUGUGCAAACAGAUGGCGCUGCGCACUUAAAUCAAAACCACUUGCACAAUUUGGGAUUUCCGCCGGGUUUGGCCGGGCAGCAGUUUUUCAGUCACUUGGGUGGUGCCCAUCCGUUUCUCCUGCACCCUGGUCAGUUCAGUAUGGGAGGCGCGUUCUCAAACAUGGCCGCAGGGAUGGGCCCUUUACUGGCAGCUGUUUCCUCCGGAGGGGUCAGCUCACUGGACACGAGCAGCAUGACAUCACCCUCGCAAAGCCUGACGGGAACACCGCUGCCCUUCCACCUUCAGCAACAUGUUCUGGCGUCGCAGGGUCUGGCCAUGUCUCCCUUCGGAGGUCUCUUCCCGUAUCCCUACACGUACAUGGCCGCCGCCGCCGCUUCUUCAUCCGUUCAUCGUCAUCCGUUUCUGAACGCGGUGCGGCCCCGGUUACGGUACAGCCCUUACUCUUUACCGAAUGUCCCCGACUGCACUUUGCUCACGACAGCCGUCCCGCCGGUGGCGAGCAGUGCCAUGGAUCUGAAGGGAGACGGGGGGACGGGGAGUCUGGACUCGGAGUCUGGCUCGGUGUCAGUGUCGCCGAAACCGUGCACCGAGAAAGAUUCGAGCAGCGAGCUCCAGAGCAUCCAGCGCCUGGUCAGCGGACUCGAGUCCAAACCGGACAGAGCGCGCAGUGUGUCCCCGUAGACCCCACCGACGAGAGAGCGAGCCGUGCACCACGGACCGGCCUCGGAGAACACGAUUAGACUUUAAAUGCACUUUGCUAAAACAAAUAAACACGUAAAUGUAUGUUGUUCUUUUGUUAAAUUAAAACAGUAACUUUGCCCCCCCAUAUGAAUGCCAGAGAAGUAUUGAACAGUGACCAGUCUGACAGAGACUGAAUGAAGCUGCUGCUCCUCGUUAUGUUAAAAGUUCAGGGUGACGGUGAUUUCAUUUAAGAUGCACUCUGAAUCGGUUCCUGCUUUGUUUGAUAUCUCUUUAUCGGAUGUGUUUGCAAACAUAUUAAUAAAUUAAAUAAGUUACCGCAGGCAUACUGCAUGUCAAAGAUUAGACUUGAUCAAGACUGCUGUUUUUUUUUUUUUUUUUUUUUUUUUUUUUUUUAAUGCUUCCGUCUGUACUGUUCAAAACGCAAAUUCACCAAGAACGCAAUCUUCACUACAGUUUUAAGAAUAUUUUGCAAUGUUAAGGAGUUCAAUCUUUACACACAGAUACACACACACACACACACACACACACACACACACACACACACACACACACAUAUAUGUUCGAUUCAUUUUUGUGUGGAAAUGAGGAAGGCAGUCUAGUCAUUUUAUUCUUUUUCCAAAGUCAAUGAAUCCACAGACCACUGAUUAAUCGAGACGCGGUACUAAAUUACUCUGAAAUGCAGCUUCGGGAUGAAACGGGAAAAGGGAUCAUAUGGCUAUAAUAAAUACAAAUGUAAAUAACGAUAUAUAUAUUACAUAUUUAUGUAAUUAUUUCAUAUGAAUAUUGCUUGUAAAUAGAACUGAAAUUCUUUGUUUGUUUGUUUGUGUUUGUUUGAGGGAGCUUAACUUAAUUUAUUGUUGAUAUGUGUAUAGUAUGUGAGCAUUGUCCUUGUUAAUUCUCAUCUGCGCCUGGAUUCCACCUGUAACAGCACAGAGCUAGUUUCUCUACAGACAGAAAUAAUGUGCCAUCGUUUUGAUUAACUGUUGUGUGUUUAAGUGCUUGGGUUCAAACUAAUUAAAGGCGAUAACACAAUGCA